CAUCCGCCCAGUUCUUCCUCCACCACUUUAUGAAUGAGACGUGAAACGGAUUUCACCGACAUAAAAAAGAAGAAGGUGAAAAGCGGAAGCAGCAUAUUUCCUGAUCUUGAAUCUUUCUGUUGGUGUGGUCAUCUCGUGCUUCCCCUUCUCCUCCAACCACAAACCCACAACUAUUUAUACUAAACAUAAUCCUCUCUCAGGGCCUUUAGCCACGAUGCUCUCAGAGACCAACUUCACCUCAAAUAUAAACCUCACCACCCUUCCUCCUGGAGGGGGCGGUCGUGGUGGGGGCUGCCCCCCAGUGGGUAUCCAGCUGGAGGGCGUGAUCCUGCCCCCCGUCCUCACCAUCGACGUGGUCCUGGGGCUCCUGGGGAACAUGGUGGCCCUGUGGAUCUUCUGGUUCAAGCUGAAGACGUGGAACCCCAACACCUUGUUCCUCUUCAACCUGGUGAUCGCAGACUUCAUGGCCCUGGUCAGCCUUCCUCUCAGGAUCGAUGCUUUGCUCAGGGGACACUGGGUGUUUGGAGACGGCUUGUGCCGGGUCAACCUCUUCCUGAUGUUUUCCAACCGCUCGGCCAGCAUCGCACUCAUGACCGUGGUGGCGAUUUACCGCUACUUCAAGGUGGUCCAUCCUCAUCACCGCUUCAACCGUAUGACCAAGCGCCAGGCUGCCGUCGUGUCUGUGUUUGUCUGGAUGCUGGUGAUCAGUCCUCGGGUUCCCAUGCUGGCUUACAACCACAUCAAGGGCAGCGGCGACCGCACCCAGUGCUUCUUCUUCACCUCCUACAAAGAGGCGUCCCGCGCCAUCAUCAUCCUGGUGGGCAUGCACCGCAUCCUGACGGUGCUGGAGUUCAUCCUCCCUAUGGCCAUGCUCCUCUUCUGCUCCGUCCGGAUCUCCAGCUUCCUCCGGGGCCGACAGAUGGGGAAACCCAACAAGGUGCGCAAGGCGAUGCGGAUGUGCGCCGCCAUCGUGGCCGUGUUCAUGGUGUGCUUCCUCCCCACCACGGUGACCACCAUCGGGGUGUGGGUGAUCCGCUCGUACCGGCCCUGGGACUGCUCCGCCUUCUACACCUUCACCCAGCUCACCAUCGUUUCUCUGGGGCUGAACUUCCUGAACUCGGCCCUGGACCCCGUCGUCUACGUCUUCUCCAGCUCCAUGUUCAGGAAGGCCCUGGUGGAGGCGCUGCCCUGCGGGGGGUGCUGCAGACGGGACGCAGUCGAGGACUCAAAGUCCUCCUCUGGAGCUCAGACCACCACCCAGCAGGAGCUGAAGUCUAUGAGGUCGGACAGAGGGAGCGAGGACAUGUGAGGAGCUGCUCCUCAUUGUUUGUUGUUUUUUAACAUGUUCAGUUACAUCAACAUAUGAUCCAUGUGAUAUACUGUGUACAUAUAUAUAUAUCGUAUUUUAAAUUCCUGUUCCUUUUCUAUGAACACAAAGACCCUGGACAUGUUAGUGUCCUGUUCAGUUUCUCAACUGUUUUUCUGUCAGAAAAUACCAAAUGAAUCUUUCUGCAAAACUUCACAUUUUAGCAGCUGCACGUUAAACUCAAAAGUUGUUUAUAAAAGUUUUUGUACCACG